AAUUGCCUCUCCGCUCCCAAGGAAUCCCACGCUAGCCUUCUCGCCCUCUACACUCCAAACUCCACACAUCUUUUACCAUGGCUUUUAAGGCGUUCGCUGUGUUGGUGGCUCUGUGCCUUGUUUCGCUGGCGUCUGGGUUCGUCGCACCAACUGCCGUCGCACGGAAUGUGGCGAUGAAGCAGGCCGUUCAGAUGAGCGCAAAGUCCAGCUUGCCGGCGGCGGCCGUCCCUGCGGCUGCACUCGGGGCGGCGGCGGCGGUCUGCUCCCCGCUCGCCUCCUUCGCGGCCGACCCGUCCAGCGCGCUGGCGCAGCUCCCCACCGAGCUCCUCGCGGACAACGGCACUGCCACCCUCGCGAUCGUCGUGGGCAUGUUCAUCCCGUGCUCGUUCCUCAUCACGCUGUACUUCGGUACCGAGCAGAAGAAGAAGGGCGUCAUCGAGGGGCAAGAGAUGAACAAGUAGAGGGAAGGAAGAAGAAUGAUGACAGUUAAUUUUUUCUUUUUUUUCGUCCUGUUGCACGAGAGCCCGUUUUUUUGUCCCCGGGGGUGUGUGACGACGUGGCUUUUGACCAGUAGGGUCAUGAUCUGAUGGAUGGAUAGAUUGGACGAAUAAGCGCGGGCCGUAAGUUUUUUCGGUGCUGGCAACGGUUUUGGUUCUUUCUCGAAUAGACGUAAAAGGAUUGGAUUGUGAGCGCGAACGCCUUCCGGGUCUCGUCUGUUGUAGUUCUGCGUUUUUUCGGUGCUCUGUAUGCAUGUUUGGCCUGCAGCGUCAAUAGCGGCAGGAAGAGCAACAAAGAAGCCGGCGUACUGGGGGGGCAAAAAAUAUCAAAAAUAUUGCAAGAUUUUGUUAGAUUCCAGAUUCUUGGCCUCGGCUCUGGUGUGUUAGAGUGUUUUAUCCGGUUUCUAUUUUAGAAGCGGGGGGGGUGGCUUAUCAAUGAGCACGCGGGAAAAAUACGAUCGGGGGCAGUUGUGGUGUAGGUGUUGGUGCGGAAGCCCCCCGCAGUCGUCCCGUGCGCGGUUAAGUACGUGGAACAGAACAACGUACGUGCCCUUUGCCGCGAUAAAGGUUUUCGGAAGGGUUUUGUCGCCCGCACAAGCUCGCUGAGAAAAGGAAGAAAUUAUUUUUCGCCUCUGUUUUUGUGUUUUUUUUGUGCGGGGUUUGCGCAGUGGGAGAACGGGCGCUUGCGUCCGUUUUUACCUGUGAUUCCUUCGACGUUUUUGUGGACCCCCCACCCCUUAAUGAAAAUAUCCACGAAAUCUGUCUUCUGUUUUAUCCUUCGAGACUGUCCUGCGGAUGGAUACCGGGUGAACGUUCUGGCUCGCGUGUCUGGUUGUAUUUUCUAACGACGCCCAGCAGAGAUCGAACCUUGAACACCGAACCUGACCCUCUUUUUUCUGGAGGCAGUUGGCGCACGUGGCCGUUCUUGGUUGACGAGCGAGCUAAGGUUCACGCCGUCGACCCUUCAAUAUACACAUUCAUCAAGUAGAUCGUGCAAGAGCUGCUCUUCGUUUGUGUCACGGAUGAGCGAGGCUAUGAUC